AUGAAAACUUCACAAUCCAUCGCGAUACUGGCUUCGGCCGCCGGGCUUGCAAUUGCCGCUCCAAGCUGCAAUCAUCGGCCGUUCUCUCAAUGGAUGACCGACUCAAUGAUCCGCCGUGGAGUCGAACCUAGCUUUCACUACGACCAGGCCACGUUGUACACAUCUUUUGAGGCUAUAUACGAGCACACAAAAAACCAGACGCUCUAUGACUACUACCGUGCGCAAAUCGAUGCCGUAGUUUUCGACGAUGGCACUAUCGACGGGUUCAAUCACUCGCGCUACAGUCUCGACCCCUACAGAUACGGCAACAAUGUGCUUUUCUGGUAUGAACAGACUGGAGAGGAGAAAUACCGCAUUGCCGCCGACAACAUCAAGAAGACACUAGACAACCAUCCUCGUACUCCUACUGGCGGCUUCUGGCACCGCGAGGUGGUGUACCCGAAUCAGAUGUGGCUUGAUGGUAUUUACAUGGCCGACACAUUUUAUGCUAAAUACGUCUCGUUGUUCCAACCAGAGAAUCAGACGGCAUGGGACGAUAUUGUCUUGCAAUUCGACAAUAUUGACGCUCGAACUCGGCGUGAAGACAACCUGCUGGUACACGGGUAUGAUGAAAGCAAGAAGGCAAUCUGGGCUGACCCUGAGACGGGCGCUGCGCCGCUUGUGUGGGGACGCGCGGUGGGCUGGUAUUUCAUGGCCCUUCUUGAGGUUAUUGACUUGCUGCCCAAGGAGCACCCUGGACGGGCGAGGUUGCUUGGAUACUUCACCGGCCUGGCCGAAGGACUCAAAGGUGCCCAAGAUGAGACGGGAGGCUGGUGGAACAUUAUGGAGAAGCGCUACGAGGACGUCAAGGGCAACUACAUCGAGAGCAGUGCGAGUGUCAUGUUCACAUUCGGUUGGCUCAAGGGACUGAACCUUGGAUACUUGAGUGAUGAAGACUACCUCUCCGUCGCCACGAAGGCUUGGAAUGGUAUGGUGGACAUGUUCGUCACGUACAAUGAUGAUGACACCAUCAACUGGGAAGGCACCGUGAUGGUGGGCAGUUUGGGCAGCAAUGCAACAUUCGAGUACUAUUCAAGCAUUGGACUCCGCCAAAAUGACCUGCGAGGUGCUGGUGUUUUCAUGAUUGCUGCACUGGAAUGGGAAAAAGGAUUUGCUUGA